UACAAAACCAAAAGUCGAAAGUCUUACCGAAACUUUUAUCGAAAUUCCUACCAAAAGUACUGAAAGCCUACUGAAGGUCCUACUGAAAGUACCGAAAGUCCUACCGAAAGUCGAAAAUCCUACCGAAACUUUCG